AUGUGGCAGGCAGAAUUGGGCGACGCGAUUAACAAAACCGACGGAGAAAGCGUGGAGGAAAUUUCUGCCCCACAGGAGCUCACGUGGUAUGCCAGUGCUCACAAUUACUGGGACGACGAGGCUAAUUGCCCUUUGACAGACAACGGUGUUCUGGGAGGAUUCGCUCACGUCUCGGGCGUUGAUAUUCGCGAAUCCAGGCGGUUUCUCAAGCACGUCCGAGACACGGUGAGACCCGAGUGGGUGUGUCAUGCUGCAGUGGAUUGCGGCGCUGGAAUCGGCCGAGUGAGUAAACUGCUGCUGCUGCCUAUGUUCGACCAUGUGGAUAUGGUGGAGCAGAGUCCGAGACUGCUGCGAGGUGUAUCGCAAUAUCUAGGAGCUGAUGAGACUCUCUGUGUACGCGUGAGAGACUUGUACUGCAUGGGGCUGCAGGACUUUGAACCGGCGCCUGCAAGCUACGACCUCAUAUGGAUGCAAUGGGUGUUGGUGCAUCUCACAGAUCUCGAUCUUGUGCGCUAUCUGAAGCGAUGCAAGAAGGCACUCACUCCAAACGGUUUCAUCGUGAUCAAGGAGAACGUUUUCCAGACACCUGAGCCAUAUGACCUUGACCGGCAGGACAGCAGUAUCACGCGCUCGGCGGUGUAUUACAAGAGUAUUUUCCAGCAGGCUGGACUAACGUUGCUUGCAGAGCAGAGGCAACGCCACUUUCCGGAAGAACUCUAUCCAGUUAUAAUGUACGCGCUAGCUUAG